CCGCCGCCGCCGCCGCCGCCGCCUCCUCCUGCUCGCCUGCCACCGGGGUUUGUAUGAAAACACCCGGCGGCGGGCGGCGAGGGAUCCGCCGGGCGCCCGGAGAGCAGCCGCCAGCACUGUCGACGCCGAGCCGGGCGCUGCAGCUCUAUCCAGUCCCUGCCAGUGCUCCAUCCUGAGCCGAUUAUCUGCAAUGGUGAAAUGAAGUAAUUCAAGAUGAGCAAGUUAAAAGUGAUACCAGAGAAAAGCCUUACCAAUAACUCUCGGAUUGUGGGACUCCUGGCUCAGCUGGAGAAGAUCAAUACUGAAUCUACAGAAUCAGAUACUGCCAGAUAUGUUACCUCAAAAAUUCUUCAUCUCACUCAGAGUCAAGAAAAAACAAGGAGAGAAAUGACAGCCAAAGGUUCUACAGGAAUGGAAGUUCUGCUGUCAACAUUAGAGAAUACGAAAGAUCUUCAAACUACACUUAAUAUCUUAAGCAUUCUUGUUGAGCUGGUGUCAGCUGGUGGAGGUCGAAGAGCCAGUUUCUUAGUCUCCAAAGGUGGUUCCCAAAUAUUAUUACAGUUACUUAUGAACGCCAGCAAAGAAUCUCCCCUGAAUGAGGAGUUAAUGGUGCAGAUUCAUUCCAUUCUUGCAAAGAUUGGACCUAAAGACAAAAAAUUUGGCGUGAAAGCUAGAAUUAACGGGGCUCUAAAUAUAACCCUGAAUUUGGUCAAACAGAAUUUGCAGAAUCAUCGCUUGGUUUUGCCUUGUCUUCAACUUUUACGAGUAUAUUCUGCCAACUCUGUGAAUUCCGUAUCCUUAGGGAAAAAUGGAGUUGUGGAACUGAUGUUUAAAAUCAUUGGACCAUUUAGUAAGAAGAAUUCCGGUCUUAUGAAGGUUGCUUUAGACACUCUUGCUGCAUUGCUAAAAUCAAAAACAAAUGCCAGGAGAGCUGUAGACAGAGGAUAUGUCCAGGUCCUUUUAACAAUUUAUGUAGAUUGGCACCGCCAUGAUAAUCGGCAUAGAAACAUGCUCAUUCGAAAAGGAAUUUUACAGAGUUUAAAAAGCGUUACAAACAUCAAGUUGGGAAGAAAAGCAUUUGUUGAUGCCAAUGGAAUGAAAAUUCUUUAUAACACUUCACAAGAAUGUUUGGCAGUCAGGACCCUUGAUCCUCUUGUCAACACCUCCAGUCUGAUAAUGAGGAAGUGUUUUCCUAAAAAUCGCCUGCCACUCCCAACGAUUAAAAGUUCUUUCCAUUUCCAGUUACCAGUUAUUCCUGUGACUGGGCCUGUGGCCCAGCUCUACAGUUUACCCCCUGAAGUGGAUGACGUGGUAGAUGAAAGUGAUGACAAUGAUGAUACUGAUUUAGAAGCUGAAAACGAAACUGAAAAUGAAGAUGACCUGGAUCAGAAUUUUAAGAAUGAUGAUAUUGAAACGGAUAUUAACAAACUAAAACCCCAGCAAGAACCAGGACGCACAAUAGAAGAACUUAAAAUGUAUGAACAUCUUUUCCCUGAGCUUGUUGAUGAUUUUCAGGUUUCUCUUUGGGAACUAAUGAGCUUUGGAUGCAAUAGAAGAAGCAGCAAGUUGCUCCCUCUCCCCCUCCCCCAGUGUCUUGGUACUCCCCAUAGAUUUGGGGUAUGUUGGAAGGACUAUGAUUUAAUCUCCAAAGAACCAAAGCCUUUUGUAUUUGAGGGAAAAGUGCGUGGUCCUAUCGUUGUUCCCACGGCAGGAGAGGAAGCAUCUGGGAAUUCAGGCAAUUUAAGAAAAGGAGUUGUAAUGAAGGCAGCUGUGGCUCCUAAAGGAGAUGAAGAUAAUAAGAAACCUGCCUGUGCGGAUCUGGCAAAAGAAGACAUUAAAGAUAAUGACAGAACAUUACAGCAGCAGCUAGGUGAUCAAAAUAGAACUAUUUCAUCAGGCCAUGGCGUAAACAAUGAUAUUGUGAAGGCCUUGGACCGAAUUACAUUGCAGAAUAUUCCUUCUCAAACAGCCCUGGGUUUUACUGCAGGAAUGAAGAACGACUGCAGUCUCCCUGUCCCUGUCCUUACAUGCACUAAAGCAUGUUCCCAUGUGGCUACUUGUGGGAAUGUUUUGUUUGAGGGACGAACAGUUCAGCUAGGCAAGCUUUGCUGUACCGGAGUCGAAACUGAGGAUGAUGAAGACACUGAGUCUACUUCAUCAGUGGAACAAGCAUCAGUUGAAGUCCCUGAGGGACCAACACUCCACGACUCAGAUCUUUAUAUUGAGAUUGUGAAAAGUACAAAGUCUGUCCCAGAAUAUUCAGAGGUGGCUUAUCCUGAUUAUUUUGGUCAUAUUCCUCCUCCAUUCAAAGAGCCUAUUUUGGAAAGGCCUUAUGGUGUACAAAGGACAAAAAUUGCCCAAGAUAUUGAGAGGCUAAUACAUCAGAGUGAUAUCAUAGAUCGAGUGGUAUAUGACUUAGAUAACCCAAAUUAUCUCACUCCAGAAGAAGGAGAUAUUUUGAAGUUUAACUCCAAAUUUGAAUCUGGGAAUCUGCGCAAAGUAAUUCAAAUCAGAAAAAAUGAAUAUGACCUUAUUCUGAACUCAGAUAUAAAUAGCAAUCAUUAUCAUCAGUGGUUUUACUUUGAAGUCAGUGGAAUGCGACCAAGUGUUGCUUAUAGGUUCAACAUCAUUAACUGUGAAAAGUCCAACAGUCAAUUUAAUUAUGGUAUGCAACCACUCAUGUAUUCUGUUCAGGAAGCAUUAAAUGCUAGACCAUGGUGGAUUCGUGUAGGGACUGACAUUUGUUACUAUAAAAAUCACUUCGCAAGAAGUUCAAUUGCUGCAGGUGGGCAAAAGGGAAAAUCCUACUAUACAAUUACAUUCACCGUCAGUUUUCCACAUAAAGAUGACGUGUGCUAUUUUGCUUAUCACUACCCAUAUACGUAUUCAACUUUACAGAUGCAUCUUCAAAAAUUGGAAUCAGCACAUAAUCCUCAGCAAAUCUAUUUUCGAAAAGAUGUGUUAUGUGAAACCCUGUCUGGAAACAGCUGUCCCUUGGUGACGAUAACAGCAAUGCCAGAGUCUAAUUAUUAUGAACAUAUCUGUCAAUUCAGAAAUCGCCCUUACGUUUUCUUAUCUGCUCGGGUACAUCCUGGAGAAACUAAUGCAAGCUGGGUAAUGAAAGGAACAUUGGAGUAUCUCAUGAGUAACAACCCUACUGCUCAGAGCUUACGAGAAUCCUAUAUUUUUAAAAUUGUCCCUAUGCUAAAUCCAGAUGGUGUCGUCAAUGGAAAUCACCGCUGUUCUUUAAGUGGAGAGGAUUUGAAUAGACAGUGGCAAAGUCCAAAUCCAGAUUUACAUCCUACAAUUUAUCAUGCCAAGGGUCUGCUGCAAUAUCUGGCUGCAGUGAAGCGUUUGCCACUGGUUUAUUGUGAUUACCACGGCCACUCCCGAAAGAAGAAUGUAUUUAUGUAUGGCUGCAGCAUCAAAGAGACAGUGUGGCAUACGAAUGACAAUGCAGCUUCAUGUGAUGUUGUGGAAGAUGUGGGAUACAGGACUUUGCCUAAGAUUCUGAGCCAUAUUGCCCCAGCAUUUUGCAUGAGCAGCUGUAGCUUCGUAGUAGAAAAGUCUAAAGAAUCUACAGCACGUGUUGUAGUUUGGAGAGAGAUAGGAGUACAAAGAAGCUAUACCAUGGAGAGUACUUUAUGUGGCUGUGAUCAGGGAAAAUAUAAGGGUUUACAGAUUGGUACUCGAGAAUUGGAAGAGAUGGGAGCAAAAUUUUGUGUUGGUCUAUUGCGUUUGAAAAGACUGACAUCCCCACUGGAAUAUAAUCUGCCUUCCAGCCUGCUUGACUUUGAAAAUGACUUGAUUGAAUCGAGCUGCAAAGUAACUAGCCCCACCACUUACGUUUUGGAUGAAGAUGAACCUCGAUUCCUUGAAGAAGUUGAUUACAGUGCAGAGAGUAAUGAUGAGUUAGAUAUUGAAUUGGCUGAAAACCCAGGAGACUAUGAAACUUCUGUGCAAGAAGAAGUACUUUCUGACUCUGAGUUAUCGAGAACAUACCUACCUUGAGCCCUUUGCCAUCUCUUGUUAACUGCAAAGAAGAAAUGAAAUAUCUUGGUUUUUAUUACACAGGAAGUUUGAGAAAAAUGAAUUUAUAGAGAGCUGACGCAGAAAUACAGAAAGCAACUUGGGCCUGUUUGGUUUCAAGACAAUAAAUAUGUUGUUAAUUCAUGACAAAAUUGGCACUUGUUUUAUUUUAGAUACUCAAUGCACUUUACAUAGCAUUGAAGUAUCAAAUAUUGGAUUUACUUUUUAAAAAGCUGAGUAUCAUUGCAUGAAUUUUUAUUUCCUUAUGGUUAUAUACUGCAUCAAAUGGAUAAUUUUGAAGUGUGUGAGAAUAUAAAAUCUAAAUUCUAGAGUUGUUGAGAAUCCUGGGCUGUUACAAACUAAUAUAUGUGUACAUGGAUUCCUGUAGAUGUGUCUUUGCAAGGUGGGGGGUAGAUAUUGAAGAUAAGACUGUUCUUCAGAAUCAUGUUAACUGUUGAGUUGUGACUGAAAUACUCCAGAGUUUGCCUUGAAACCAUUACAUUCUACAUUUACCAAAUUAAACAAAUAAAAACUAUAUUAAAUGUUGCA